AUGGGUUGGGAAGACAUGCUUGAUUUUCAGACUGCUAUAAAUUUUACGCUUCCUCAAUUUCAGUCAGAAUGGCUCCAGCAAAAUUUGCCCUGCUUGUCUGAGCACACUAGCAUAGUUAUGCAACUUAGUUUCCUUGGAAUCUCAGUACUACAUUUUCUGAAAAAUAAUAUGGACCUAAUCUGCAAACGAAGAACAAAGUUCCCAGAUCAAGGCACAGAGAAGCAUGGCAUUGGCAUACGCUUCAGCACCACUCACAAAACCAGCAUGGCUUGUUCUCUUUUUCUGAUGGGAACUCAUUUCGUAGUGCUUCUGUUGUUACUCAAUGGAAGUGUGACUUACUGCAACCAUAAACUUCGUGCUUAUUUAUCGGAGAGUAUGCAAGUCAUAUCAUGGACAAUUUCAUCUGUUGCAGUAUACUGGAUUGUGACUAUCAAGUCCAUCAAGUUCCCUUGGCUACUAAGAGCAUGGUGGCUUUGCAACUUCUUCUUGUCCAUUAUCUCUGUGGCUGUUGAUACUCAUCUCCGAAUCACGUACCAUGGUGAGCUUAGAUUACAAGAUUAUGCUGGCUUCCUCAGUCUCCUUGCAUCCAUCUGCCUGUUUGGUAUUUCAAUACGUGGGAAGACAGGACUAACCUUCAUUGUCCCAAAUGGCAUCACUGAACCACUUCUCAAUGGAAAAGGUGAUAAACAUUCAGAAGGGAAAAAAGAGUCUCUAUAUGGAAAAUCUACUCUUCUCCAACUCAUCACAUUCUCUUGGCUCAACCCCUUGUUUGCCGUUGGAAUCAAGAAACCCCUCGAACCAGAUGAAAUCCCAGAUGUCGAUAUCAAAGACUCUGCUGAAUUUCUGUCUCACUCAUUUGAUGAGAGACUAAAAUAUGUUCAGGAGAGAGAUGGAAUCACAAACCGAACAAUCUACAAGACAAUGAUCUUAUUCAUCUGGAAGAAAGCAACAAUCAACGCAAUGCUUGCUGUAAUAAGUGCUGGAGCAUCAUAUGUUGGCCCAUACCUCAUUGAUGACUUUGUAAAAUUUCUGAAUCAGAAGAACACUCGAAGCUUACAGAGUGGCUACAUUCUUGCACUUGCCUUCCUAGGAGCUAAGAUGGUUGAGAUGAUAACACAGAGGCAAUGGAUUUUCGGGGCUCGACAGCUAGGCCUUCACCUUAGAGCUGCACUUAUAUCUCAAAUUUACAAAAAGGGCUUAGUUCUGUCAAGCCAAUCCCGCCAGAGCCACACUAGUGGAGAAGUCAUCAAUUAUAUGAGUGUAGAUAUCCAAAGAGUCACAGACUUCAUCUGGUACUUAAACAUAAUAUGGAUGAUGCCCGUUCAACUCUCAUUAGCAAUUUACAUUCUUCAUACGAACCUCGGCAUGGGUUCAGUUGCUACAUUAGCAGCAACUUUUGCAGUACUGCUUUGCAACAUACCAAUGACCACUAUCCAGAAAGGAUACCAGACUAGGAUCAUGGAAGCAAAGGACACCAGGAUGAAAGCCACAUCAGAAGUUCUUCGAAGCAUGAAGACAAUCAAACUUCAGGCAUGGGAUACUCAGUUCCUACACAAGUUAGAAAACUUGAGAAAAAUAGAGUACGAUUGGCUAUGGAAGUCACUAAGACUGUUCGCAAUUGGGGCUUUCGUCUUCUGGGGAUCACCCACAUUUAUCUCUGUGGUGACUUUUGGAGCUUGUAUGUUUAUGGGGAUAGAACUCACAGCAGGCAGAGUUUUAUCAGCAUUGGCCACCUUCAGAAUGUUACAAGACCCUAUAUUCAAUCUACCUGAUUUGCUCUCCGCGAUUGCACAGGGAAAGGUUUCCGCAGAUAGAGUAGCUUCCUAUCUCCAGGAGGAUGAAAUUCAGCAGGAUUCCAUUGAGCAUGUUCCAAAAGAUCAGAUGGAGUUUGCAAUUGAGAUAGAAAAUGGAAAGUUCAGCUGGGAUACUAUGUCAAGCAGCAUAACUCUUGAUUCAAUACAGUUAAAAGUGAAGAGGGGUAUGAAAGUGGCAAUUUGUGGGACUGUAGGAUCAGGAAAAUCUAGCCUGCUGUCAUCCAUUCUUGGAGAAAUACAGAAAGUUUCAGGGACAGUAAAGAUCAGUGGUACCAAGGCUUAUGUUCCUCAAUCUCCAUGGAUACUGACAGGAAAUAUCAGGGAGAACAUUCUGUUUGGAAAUGCAUAUGACAGGAACAGGUACGACAGAACCAUUAAAGCAUGUGCUUUGGAAAAGGAUUUUGAGCUAUUCUCCUGUGGUGAUUUAACAGAAAUUGGAGAGAGAGGAAUAAAUAUGAGUGGAGGACAGAAGCAAAGGAUACAAAUUGCUCGAGCAGUUUACCAGGACGCUGAUAUAUAUUUGCUUGAUGACCCUUUUAGUGCUGUUGAUGCUCACACAGGCACCCAACUUUUUGAGGACUGCAUGAUGGGAAUUCUCAGGGAAAAAACUAUACUAUAUGUCACCCACCAAGUUGAGUUUCUCCCGGCCGCAGACUACGUUCUGGUUAUGAAAGAUGGAAAAAUCGCACAAGCUGGAAGAUUUGAAGAAAUUCUAAGACAAAAUAUAGGAUUUGAACUUUUGGUUGGUGCUCAUAGCCGAGCUCUAGAGUCAAUCCUCACAGUUGAAAAUACUAAUGCAACUUCUCAAGGUCCAACACCGGACGGUGAAUCCAACAUUGAGUCCACUUCAAAUGCUGAACUACAACAGACACGACAUGAAUCAGAGCAUAAUCUCUCCCUAGAGAUAACAGAAAAAGAAGGAAAGCUAGUGCAAGAUGAAGAGAGAGAAAAAGGAAGCAUCGGAAAAGAAGUUUACUGGUCUUAUUUGACCACUGUGAAAGGUGGAGUGCUAAUACCUAUCAUACUCUUGGCACAGUCAUCAUUCCAAAUACUACAGGUAGCUAGUAACUACUGGAUGGCAUGGGCUUCACCUCCUACAAGUGAGACUGAGCCUAAACUGGAGAUGAGUUCCAUACUACUUGUUUAUGUACUACUUGCCGUUGGAAGUUCACUUUGCGUGCUGCUGCGAUCCUCACUAGUAGCAGUAGCAGGACUUUCAACAGCACAGAAGCUCUUCACAAAUAUGCUACAUAGUGUACUCCGAGCUCCAAUGUCAUUUUUCGAUUCAACCCCAACUGGAAGAAUCUUAAACCGGGCAUCGACUGAUCAAAGUGUUCUAGAUUUGGAAAUGGCAAACAAAUUAGGUUGGUGUGCUUUCUCAAUAAUACAGAUUUUAGGGACCAUUGCAGUAAUGUCGCAAGUAGCCUGGGAAGUCUUCGUAAUCUUCAUUCCAGUAACUGCAGUCUGCAUAUGGUACCAACAAUACUACAUACCAACAGCACGAGAACUGGCACGGCUAUCAGGCAUAGAAAGAGCUCCAAUCCUCCACCACUUUGCAGAGUCACUAGCAGGAGCAGCAACAAUCCGUGCUUUUGAUCAAAAAGAGCGUUUCAGUCAUACAAAUCUCAUUCUUAUUGACAACCACUCAAGGCCAUGGUUUCAUAAUAUGUCAGCAAUGGAAUGGCUUUCCUUCAGACUAAAUCUACUCUCGAACUUUGUUUUCGCCUUCUCUUUGGUUUUGCUGGUGACCCUGCCCGAAGGAGUUAUCAAUCCAAGCAUUGCAGGGUUGGCGGUAACAUAUGGAAUAAAUUUGAAUGUUUUGCAAGCUUCUGUUAUAUGGAACAUAUGCAACGCAGAAAAUAAGAUGAUCUCAGUUGAAAGAAUUCUACAGUAUUCAAACCUAACAAGUGAAGCACCUCUGUUAAUUGAAGAGUCCAGGCCACCAAUCAAUUGGCCAGAUGUUGGAACAAUUUGUUUCAAAAAUCUGCAGAUUCGUUAUGCUGAACAUCUUCCAUCUGUGCUGAAAAACAUUAGCUGCACAUUCCCAGGACAGAAAAAAGUUGGUGUUGUAGGAAGGACAGGAAGUGGGAAAUCAACCCUCAUACAGGCCAUUUUCAGGGUAGUUGAGCCUAGAGAAGGAAGCAUUAUAAUUGAUGAUGUGGACAUUUGCAAGAUUGGCCUUCAUGACUUAAGAUCAAGGCUUAGCAUCAUUCCACAGGACCCAACAAUGUUUGAAGGAACAGUUAGAGGAAACCUUGACCCGCUAGAGCAAUAUUCCGAUAGUGAUGUUUGGGAGGCUCUAAAUAAAUGUCAGCUAGGUGAUCUGGUGCGUGCAAAGGAACAGAAGUUGGAUGCCUCAGUGGUCGAAAAUGGAGAAAAUUGGAGUGUGGGCCAAAGACAGUUAGUUUGUCUUGGAAGAGCCUUGCUAAAGAAAAGCAAAAUUCUGGUGUUGGAUGAAGCAACAGCAUCAGUUGAUUCUGCAACUGAUGGAGUGAUACAGAAGGUCAUCAGUCGAGAAUUCAAAGAUCGAACGGUUGUUACAAUAGCUCACAGAAUCCACACAGUAAUUGACAGUGAUCUCGUUUUGGUGCUCAGUGAUGGACGGGUUGCUGAAUACGACACGCCAGCCAAGCUACUAGAGAGAGAAGAGUCCUUGUUUUCUAAACUCAUAAAGGAGUACUCGAUGAGAUCCCAGAGCUUCAACAACUUAGCAAAUCUACAAAAUUAA